AUGCUUUCCGCGGCGGCGCCACUCAUGCUUUGGCUCCUCCUCCUAUUCGCCGCCACCGUCUGCGUUGUGGAGUCGCGCCCGCGCUGGCGCUCGGCACGAGGUGCUCACGGCACGCGGGCAUCGCUGCUGGUAGGCUAUCAGGUGCCUGCGACGGCCGCGGACCGCCUCUACUCCGACCUGCCGUACGUGCGCAAGCAUGUGCUCGCUCCGCUCGUGGCGCACCUCGCCUCGGACCUCCUCCUCUACCUCUCCCUGCCCGAGCUGCGGCAGCCCGCCCUCAUCGCGCACCACCUCCUCACCGGCGCCCUCGCCCACCUCGCCACCCACCCGGUGCCAUACACGCACCACUACAUCCUCUUCUUCGCCGGCGCCGCCGAGCUCUCCAACCUCCCGCUCGGGUGGAUCGAGCUCUGCAAGUGCGACCUUGGCUUAGAGGCUUGCGGCGGCUACUCUGCCGCGAGGGCCGUCUUCGCGGCGAGCUUCGUCACUCUCCGCCUGCUGCUCUGGCCGGCGGUGACGGUCCGCUUCUGGAGCGACUCGCUCCUCGCCCUCCGCGGCGACGUCGCCUGCGCCUCGCGCGGCGCGGUCUACGCCGCUUGCCUGCCCCGCCUGCCCACCGCUUUCCGCUCCACCGUCCUGUGCGGCGGCGGCUGGUUCGCGGCGGCGCUGCUGCUGCAGGGAGGCCUCUCUUUCAUGAACGAUGCCGUCGCCACGCUCGGCAGGCCCGUCCCGUUCAGCCGACGUCUGUGGCAGACGCUCGACCGGCUGCUGGCGUGGACGCUCACCGCCAACGCCGCCGCCACCGCCCGCGUGUGGGCGGCGUCUGCAGAGAGCACCGCGCACCCGGCGUUGGCUCCGGCGAUGGUGCUCUCCUUCCUCACCUUCAUCCCCUCGCGGCUGUGCGAGGUGUGGGGCCGGAUGGCCGCCUACAAGGGCGGGGCGGCGGUUCCCCUGCCGGCAGAGUUCCUCAGCGAGGUUGAGACGAUGAUGGCGGAGCAUGAGGUGCCGGGGCUGAGCCUCUCGGUGAUUCACAACUACGAGGUGGUUGAGACGGCGCAGCUGGGCGUGCUCGUCAAGGGGGGGGAGAAGAAGGCGUGCUCUCUCAGCAAGCCUCCGACGGACAUCGCGCUGCUCCAGUUCGUGCAGCAGGGAGCGCUCAGCCUCGACGAGCCGGCGAACGAGGGGCUCAAGUCUUGGCAGAUCCCGGACGGUCCCUACACCAAGGGCGGCGCGAUCCCAGUGCGCCGACUGCUCACCCACUCGGCUGGGCUGAGCGCGGGCUUCUACCCUGGCUAUCUCCGCGGUAGCCCCAUCCCACCGUCGACCACGUCGGUACUGGAGGGCGGCACGGCCCCCGAUGGCACAGUCAUCACCUCGGAGGCGGUGCGGCCCAUCCUGGAGAUGGGCAAGCAGUGGUGCUACAGCGGGGGCGACGCGCGUUCGCUCAUGGUUGUGAAGGAGCUGCUGGAGGACCUCGAUCCGCUCGCCAAGGAGGACUUUGCCGCCUUCAUGGCCAAGAAGGUGCUCGGACCGCUCGGAAUGAACCGCAGCACGUACGUCGCGCCGUACCCCGAGGCCGACCUCGUCAACACGGCCAUGGGCCAUCCGUGGGAUCCGCGGGGCUCGUUCAAGGAGUACCCCUCCCAGUCGGUGGCGGGGCUGUGGACGACGGCCGAGGACCUCGCCAAGGGCAUGAUCGUGAUGCAGAAGCUCCUCGCGGGCGACCCGAGCGCGCCGCCGGUGCUCAGCCCCGACCUCGCCAAGGAGAUGUUUACGCCUCAGGAGACGGGCACCGACCCGUGCGUCGACAAGAUUCCACACUUCCACGCCAAGCAGGGGCUCGGCUACCUCCUCGAGGGCGGGAAUUGUGGCGUGGAGCGCUUCUGGCACUGGGGCGACAACCCGGGCUACAAGGCGCUGCAAGCGCCGCUUGGGCAGGCCAAACGGCGCCGCGACCCGAACGGCCGCUGCGACGUCGUGCCUGAGGAGGAGGAGGCUGGCGAGGGCGACGAGCUGGACCUCCAGUCCUUCCUGGAGGGAGUUUCGGAAGACGACCCGGAACUCCUCCGCAUCAUGCCCUCUUUCACCAUGCCCUCUUUCGGCGCGCUGCGCACGGUCGAAGAUGCCGACCGCGCCCGAGCUGCGGCCUCUUCUGACAGCGCGCUCGAUCUGCUCUGA